AUUAUGACGAGUUUACUACAAAGUGAUCUGCAUUAAGGAUCUGCAUGGUCAUUUGCUGGAACGUCUUAGGUCCUCAUGCACCGUUACUUCCAACGUUAACAUACCUAUCAGACAAAAAUAUGGAACCAUACCACGUAUACCAACGAAAAUGAAAUCACGACGCAGUGAGGCAAGCAUAUGUGCCCUAAGCUGCGAUGCCUAUCUAUCUCUUACACCGGAAGGCAAAUUUUAGCUUUUCCAGUUGAGUUGGACGCUGGGAAUAGGCGGCUAAUAAAUGACCGCUUUGGCGAGUUGCAGUCGAAACGCAUGCUGAAAUGGAGAACGUCCAAAAUGCAUUAGUUCAGCUUAGACGACUGGGAUGCGCGAAAGGCGAGGCAGACGCCUUCGGGAAGGAGUUGCUAGCAGCUAAGCAGUUGCUCGAUAUAGCAAUUGCAAGCCCUGAGGAUGCCGACUGGCUUCUGGCCCUGCUUAUCUCCAACUGCGACACGUCCAUAAUUCAUACAAUCACCAAGUCAACCGAAAACCAAGGCAACGCCGACUUCAACUCUCAUGCUAAAAUUCUCCGGUUCCUGGAAGCCUGCUUAAGGAAGAACGGGGAAUGGAAAAGGAAGCUGGGGCUGCUCAACUGUGGACAGCAGCCACAGCAGCCACAGCAGUCACAGCAGCCAGCGGCAGAUGGUCAACACGAGCGUGUGCAGGGAACAGCACCUGCCACAACAAGCUUUUCAGGAAAUGAUCUAACGCAGACCUCGUCCGAGUUCCCCUCAUCUCUUGCUGUGAAGUUUGUGGAUGAUGUGCAUACAUACAUGGAUCGGGUGAC